UCCCGUGGCUUUGUUAAGAGCGCGCGUCGUCCUCUGCUCCAGCUCAGUCGGAAGGCACGAGGAAUCUACUAACGAAGGAGACUAUAUCAUACUCACUGUGCUCGCAGCUGCUGUAUCCGUGUCCGGCAAAUCUGAAUUGUAUUCUCUAAAUAUGUCUUAUACCGUCUGCUGUCAAAUAAACCAGGUUACAAUGCACGAUCAUCACAGAAAACACUUGUUUCUAUAGCCAACGGGAUCCCAAGGACUUGAUUAGUAUUCCUAAGCCUGAUAGUUUGUGUUGGCACAGCCCCUGCCCCUUUCCUAGCCCAUCGUUUGGAUUCCCUCUGCACAAGAAGACAAGAAUUCCUUGUCUAUUCUGUUCUGGUGCCUUUUCAUUGACCCUGCCUGCACUGUCCUGUCCAGAUAACCCUGUCUAUUAGGCUCCAAGACACAUUUAUUGCAAAAAUGAUUCCCAACGGAUAUUUGAUGUUUGAAGACGAGAGUUUCAUGGAUUCCACCGUGGCCAAGAUGAACGCCUUGAGGAAGAGUGGCCAGUUCUGUGACGUCAGACUCCAGGUCUGCGGCCACGAGCUCAUGGCUCACCGAGCGGUCCUGGCCUGCUGCAGUCCGUUCCUGUUUGAGAUCUUCAACGGGGACACAGAACCAAAUGGGGUCUCACAUGUCAAGUUUGAGGACUUGAACCCUGACGCAAUGGAGAUCCUGCUCAACUACGCCUACACAGCCCAGUUAAAAGCUGACAAAGAGCUGGUGAAGGAUGUCUACUCUGCUGCUAAACGGCUCAAGAUGGAAAGAGUAAAACAGAUUUGUGGGGACUACCUGCUGUCGAAGAUGGAUGACCAGAGCGCCAUCUCCUACCGGCACUUUGCCAGCAGCAUGGGUGAUGGCCGCCUCCUGAGCAAGAUCGAUGGGUACAUCCAGGAGCACCUGCUGGAGAUCUCUGAGCAGGACAACUUUCUCAAGCUCCCCCGCCUCAAGUUAGAAGUGAUGCUGGAGGACAACCUCUCCCUGCCCAGCAAUGGGAAACUCUACUCGAAAGUGAUCAAUUGGGUCCAGCGCAGCCUGUGGGAGAAUGGCGAUCCUCUGGAGAGACUGAUGGAGGAGGUGCAAACGCUGUACUACUCAGCAGAUCACAAACUCCAUGAUGGCAGUCAGCUCGAGGGACAGGCUCAGCUGUGUGGCGGUGGGGAUGACCACAUCCAGCUUGUGCAGAAGAAGACCCCACGUGAAAACCUCCAGAGGCAGACCAGUAGCAGCAACACAUUGGGAACCAUCUCCCCUGGCUUGGCUGGGACCCUCUGCAAGCAUGAAUGGAAGUAUAUUGCCUCAGAGAAGACCUCUGGCAACAUCUACCUGUGCCUGGCGGUCCUGAACGGGGUGCUGUGCGUGAUCUUCCUGCACGGCCGCAGCAGCCCCCUGAGCUCUCCCACCAGCACCCCCCGCCUGGCAAAGAGCAUGAGCUUCGAAGAGUCCCCCGAGGACGGCGAGGAGCACCUGCUGACCCCCAUGCAUUACGCCCGCUCCGGCCUCGGCACCGCCGAGCUGGACGGCAAGCUCAUCGCCGCAGGAGGCUACAACCGGGAGGAGUGCCUGAGGACUGUGGAGUGCUACGACCCAAAGACUGACCGCUGGACGUUCAUCGCCCCGAUGAGGACGCCGAGGGCCCGCUUCCAGAUGGCCGUUUUGAUGGGUCAGCUUUACGUGAUGGGCGGCUCCAACGGCCACUCGGACGAGUUGAGCUGCGGUGAGACCUACAACCCGCACGAGGACGAAUGGACCCAGGUGCCUGAGCUCCGGACCAAUCGCUGCAAUGCAGGUGUCUGUGCAUUGAAGAACAUUCUGUACGUGGUGGGUGGAUCGGACCCGUGUGGGCAGAAGGGCCUGAAGAACUGCGACGCUUUCGACCCUGUGAACAAGACCUGGAGCAACUGCGCCCCCCUCAACAUAAGGAGGCACCAGGCGGCGGUGUGCGAGCUUGGCGGCUAUAUGUACGUGAUUGGAGGGGCCGAGUCCUGGAACUGCCUGAACUCCGUGGAGCGCUACAACCCCGAGAACAACACCUGGACCCUCGUUGCCCCCAUGAAUGUGGCCCGGCGAGGGGCGGGCGCGGCCAUGCACGAGGGGAAGCUGUAUGUGGUGGGCGGGUUUGACGGCUCCCGCGCCCUGCGCUGCGUGGAAAUGUACGACCCGGCCAGGAACGAGUGGAGGAUGCUGGGAAGCAUGACCUCGGCCCGCAGCAACGCCGGCGUGGAGGUGCUGGGAGACACCAUCUGGGCUGUGGGCGGCUUCGACGGCAACGACUUCCUCAACUCCAUGGAGGUGUACGGCCCGGGUGCGGAUGUGUGGAGCCCCUGCGCCGAGCUCUCGGCCAACUAGAGCGCGCGUGCGGAGGCUGGCCCCGCCGCACCCCUUUCAGACUAACAGGCUUAGUGAUGUCAUUGUGUUUAGUGAAGUUUGGGCACGUGAGUGAGGCGGGCGGGCGGGUUGGGCGGGAUACAGGCGGAGGAAGCGGGGAGGGAAUACCGGUUAAGUCGCAGUUUAAGCUGAUGGCAAGAGCAUUUCAUUUGGGUUGCUGAACGGAGCAACAUAAAGCCUUUGCAUAUUGCAUACACUAUUUAGUGCUGUAUAUAUAUUAUAUUUUCUAUUGUUUUCACUGUCUAAGAAUGCCAACAUAAAUCUUUGGAGGUUGUUUUUGUUUCUCUUUUGGAAAGGGUUUUUCAGAGCAUAAAAAAAUUAUUUGCGUAUUAGGGUUGUCAUGUACCUCAUUUACAGUAGGGUGGUUUUUUGGAAUGUCAGCGCUCAAUUUGAGCGUACAGAGAGUUUGUUUGGAUUGACAUUGUUCCACAUAAUGUCGCCUGGAUUACUGUUUUUCAUAUUCUGGCUUAGUUAAAAUACUUAGCUCUGACUCCACAGACAAAGACAAAAAAAAAGCCUUAUUCAAAGGAAGGUUGUAAUGACUGGCUGUUUUUCUGUCAUUUAAAGGAGAACUGAAUUGCUUUACCAUUGCAGGCAGAGCGAUCUUUCAUGAUUGCCUUUUUAAUAUACUUUGUAUACACUGCUGAGCAGAUUAGUCAUUGAUUAAGAAAAGCAGAGGACCUGGCCUCUGUUAAAAGGUAAACAAACUGUGCCAGUUAGGUUGACAUGCAGAUGCACACAAUAGCCACAGCUUCUGUCUGCCAAUCAAGCCUUCAGUACUGCCAUGUUACUAACUUCAUCUGAUUGAGGUGGCUUUUUGUGAACUUGCUUUUCAGUUUCUUUUCCUUGUCUGGUUAUGAUGAAUUUGGAGAAGCUGGAGUUCUAUCACUUUUGUUACAAGCUGAUGAGCUGAAAUUUUCUUAACUAAUAAUAAUAAUAAUAAACCAUUUCAACCCA